UCUAACCAACCACUUGAGUUCCGGUGUAUCCAUAGUAUACGAAAUGAACUAACUAUUGAGUCAAAAUCAGACCUUUCUGGUUGACCAGACCGGACGCCGGAAUCACCAUGUCGUCGGCGACCAAUCAGUUCACCGUUUUAACAAUCUCUCAGUUUGACAGUCACAAUAUCAUCCACCUAUCAUUCACAAUCGCAUUCGCCCAAAUGAUAAUAAUCAUAUUACUUCUAUUCGAAACCCCAUUCCGAAACCCUCUUGUUCUCCGAUUAGAUCAAUUCAAAAUAGGAAAACCUCAGUUGGCUGUAAAAUCUUUUGGUGCCACUCUGUUCGUAGCCAUGAUGUACAACAUUUACAGUGUAUUCGAAUUACGUCGUCGUUUUGUCGAUGCCGUUGAUUCCUCCAAUCACAUCCUUCUUGCUUACCAUAUGUUCGUAGCUUAUUUAAUGGGCUUCUCGCUUUUUCUCUUGGUUACGGUAAACAGUCUACACCGAUACAUCAAAGAGGUUGUCAUGGUUACAGAGAUCAUACGCGCUACAAAGAAACAAAACCGAGCCUAUGAAAACUGUAUGAAAAAGAGGGCAGAGGAGGCGGAAACCAUAAGAAAAGAUAUAUCUAGGUUGAAAACAGAUAUUAUAAAUUUGGAAUCUGAAUGUAGUAUGAAGGAACAAGCAGUACAGUUAUUAAGGGCUGAGUCUAGUACACUUAAAGAUAGAUUAGAAGGUUGUUUAGUGGAAUAUGAUCGCUUGCUAACGUACAACAAAGAUCUUAGAGAACAACUUCAAGGUGUAAAUGGAAGAUCGUCUCACUCGGAUGGUAUAAUAUCGGCCUUUUUUAGUUGGGAUCGAUGGGGUUUGUGACGUUUGUGUAAAAAGUUACCGAGUGGAUACUUGUAUAAGUUCAGUCGAAGAAAAGAAACUUGUUCGAAACUGGGAUGGGGUCUCAAUUUCGCUCAUUAUGGUUAAAGUCAUUCCUCUCUUCCUGUUGGUAAUCUCCCUUGUCUCUCACCAAGUUACUUCUCAUGCAUCAACAAUUUUCUUCAUUCCUAUUACUCCAUUCUCUUGUCAUCAUUGAUGACUUCGAUAUCUUGUCUUCUACAUCAUGCUAAAUGCUAAUGUGCUUCCUUAUUGUUGUUUCCUUUCCUGUUCAUGGUUUCUUUCAGUCUUGCAUUAUUGGUGGU